CCAUAAACCAGAAGCCUUCGUUUGGGCGGGACUUCGACUUUCCGCUGACCAGCCCGGCAACUUUGCGCUCCGCCCAAGGACAGGAAUAAUAACGGCUUUCGCGAGGCAGCGAUCCAUCCCAGCGCACACUUCGCUUUUCAUGUCUUCCAUGAACCCCCAUCGAUGCUGCAGCGCACCCUUGCCUGCGACACUGCAUCAUGGCGGCUGUCAACCGCAACAUGUUCGACGCCAGCGUCAGCGCGGAUCCGCCGCAUGCGCGGGGCGCAACGGUGAUGAUCCUGCCGCUGAAUCUCAUCGCUCAGAUUAUAUCGCAUUUGGAUAACCCAGCGGACCUCGCUCGCGUUUGUCGGACAUGUCGGGUGCUCAAUUACAUGGCCUUGCCUCAGCUCUACAGGAACUUGACGCUGACCUCGUACGAUAAAAUUCGCUAUCGGGAUGAACAACCGGAAGGAUGGGGAGGUGCGAGUCCCUUCUCAAUGGGAUUGAAUGCAGUAGUGACGAGGCCUCAUGCGGAACUCGUGCGAUCGAUGACACUGCGGGGAGAAUGGAGGGAGCUCGAGCUGCAAGAACAUGCGCGCGUGGGCAGGGUGCCGGAUUCUUCGAUGAUGCUCAAUAUCGCGGUGCGGGCAGCAAUCGAUCGUAUGGCUGAGCUGGAGAGUUUCAGCUGGGAACUGAAUACGAAACUGCUUGAGACGGUAUACCAAGGCCUUGCACAGCGACCCAAGCUCACAUCACUCACGAUCCGCUUUCCUUCGAGUCGCCAUCCGCGGCCCACGACGGUCAUUCCGCCCAUGCCCCAUCUCCGGUCUCUGAAGGUAACGGAUAUCGACCCUCUCUGCUACCCAGACGAUCUGUCGACGCUUCUUCUACGCAGUAGAAAGUUGGAGGAACUCAAGAUGCACUGGUCACCUCGCAUGCGGGAAGCUCAAGAACCCAGCGUCAUGCUUCAUGAUUAUUUUCGGAAAUGUAUCGCUGCCAAAUCACCGCUCAAGGUGAAAAGACUCGCUCUACAGAACCUAUACGCCCUCCACACGGAAGAGUUCCGCACCGCGUUUGAUCAGAACGCGGUGGAGGAGAUUACUGUACUGAAUAGUCCCGGAGUCGACAUUCAUACGAACUCGUUUGUGGACAAUUCUUGGACGUCACGUCCUCCUGACGAGAAUUUCAGCCUUAAAUCUCUGCGUCACGAUCACAUAUCUAGGAAUGACUGUGAGUUUCUGGCGAAAUGUUCCGGGCUGGAGAGAUUAUACUUUGUGAACGCCAUCCGCGGUCCAUCAGACUACAUCAAUACCCCGAGACCGUCGGCUGGCUCAGCGAGCGCAAUGACACCUCCUACGUUGGAAAAUGCGCCCUCGUCCCCGAAUGGUGCGACCGGGACAGCUGCAGGGUCAACUGACUCUCCACAUCCGCAAAGCCCUCCCAAUCCGCAGCAUCUCGUCAGGCAUCUCUAUCUCAACAAUGUCACCACAUAUCAUGGUUCUACACUACGCCACCUCCUGCUUUCUUCACGGUGGCCUCUCUCCUCGAACGCCAUUGCCCGUGUUGUCCGCAGCUGUCCUAAUCUGACUCAACUUGCAUUCGCUCCUGAAUCCUCCAGUCUUGAUGUCUUGGCUAUCCUCAUCCCCUUCUUGCAGAAUCUCCUUGCUCUACGACUCCUAAUCCCUACCGACGCUCCACCUAGAUCUGCUGCAGGAGGUCUGCCAGGACAUGCUCCCAACGGUGGUUCCAGUAACAGCAAGCGGUCAGCCCCCUUUCAGACGCUAGCUGACAUCGUGGAGAUGGAUGACGCGGUACAUAUAGAAAUGAUGUCUUCUGUAUUUACGGAUCAAGAGAUGAACGGAAAGCUGAAGGUUAUCGGCAUUGGCUGGAAGGCAUUUGAACUCGGUGGCUUUUACACGGUCCCAGCGGCGAGCGUGCAGGAUGUUUCGAGGUUGUACCCAGCAUCAGUGAGCGGUGCAGCAUCUCUAGGUCAACAACGAAUUAUUCCCGUCGACAGCCCCGGCCAGCCUGGCAUUUCCCCAACUUCUGCAACGAGACCUGACCGCGAAGCUGUUACGGUUCCCUCAACCGCAACGCCUUUCCCAGACUCCCCUGUAACACGUCCUGCGAACUCGACAGUUCCAUCACCGAAAUCCUCUCUGGGGAAGCAUCCGCGGAGUGCAGAUAGCCUCUCUCUUCUACCUGACCAGAAACGCCCGUCAGUACACGACAGUGCCAUUUCUUGUGGAAACCCCAUUUCUAGCAGCGUGACAGGACCUGAAGGCCAAAAGCUCAUAUGGCGUCGUCGCGUUCGCCGUGUGGGAUGGGAAGUUCUGCGAAAUUGGGAGAUCUGGUCUUUGGAUGUACAGGAGAUGUGAACUUACCCGAGCCACAGAACCUGUCGGAAGCUUCGAAAGGGGGGGGUUCAACUUGUACCAUAUCUUAUGCAACAUAUAUCAUCUUUCUCCCCUCAUGACGGUCAAAUAAAGGGGGUUACCAAUACAGGAUUCUUCGAGGCCGUUAGACCGCGGAGCAUGGUGGAGGUGUCUGGAGUUCUCAGCAAGAAAGCCGUGGUUGAUUUAUUUAUCCUUUGUCUAUAUCUCAUUUGUUCGAUUCUUAUCAAGACCGGUUUACUGUUCGUCUAUGCUUCUUGUCUUUUACAGACUAAACUGUGUCCAAAUUCGUAUGUUUACUGCAUCUAUGGCGUGGCUAUGUACAUACGUACUUUGACCCUUCGGAAGCGUUGUAAUAUGUAACAUAUACAUUAGAAGAACAUAUCAUCUCCUUGAUAUAACGAGACUUGAUGUAUUAUGGACCAAACGGAAAGUAUCAAUUUAAUAUGGAG